AUGUAUGUAUCUUUCUCUCUAAAUCGCUAUAUCUAUCUCUGUAAAUCACUAUAUCUAUCUAUCUAUCUAUCUAUCUAUCUAUCUAUCUAUCUAUCUAUCUAUCUAUCUAUCUAUAUGUGUUCACCUUCUUUAUUUGUCCCAAGUUUUUCUUUCUUUCUUUCUUUCUUUCUUUUCAAUUCUUUCUUUUUUUCUUUUCUAUCUAUCUUUCUUUCUUUUUAUUCAUUUAUCUUUCUGUUUUUUCUUUCUUUUCAGUCAUUUAUAUUUCUUUCUUUCUUUCCAGUCAUUUAUAUUUCUUUCUUUCUUUCUUUUCAGUCAUUUAUCUUUCUUUCUUUCUUUCUUUCUUUCUUUCUUUCUUUUCAGUCAUUUAUCUUUCUUUCUUUUCAGUUAUUUAUCUUUCUUUCUUUUUUCUUUCUUUCUUUCUUUCUUUCUUUCUUUCCAACAUGUUGGGGCCGCGGCUACAUUACAAAUAGAAACGCAUAUAAACUGCUGUCUUUUUUAAUCUAUCUAUCUAUCUAUCUAUCUAUCUAUCUAUCUAUCUAUCUAUCUCUGUUUCUUUUAUCUGCCUGUACAUCUAUCUAUCUAUGUUCUUUCUUGCUAUCUCUUUUUAUUUUUCUAUCUCUGUUACUUUUGUCUGCCUGUCUAUCUAUCUAUCUAUCUAUCUAUCUAUCUAUCUAUCUAUCUAUCUAUCUAUCUAUCUAUCUAUCUAUGUUCUUUCUUGCUAUCUAUCUCUUUCUUUUUUUCUCACUCUGUUACUUUUGUCUGUCUGUCUGUCUGUCUGUCUGUCUGUCUAUCUAUCUAUCUAUCUAUCUAUCUAUCUAUCUAUCUAUCUCGGUUUCUUUUUCUAUCUAUCUCAUUUUCUUUUGUCUGUCAGUCCGUUUACCUAUUUAUCUAUCUAUCUAUCUAUCUAUCUAUCUAUCUAUCUCUCGGUAA